AUGGGCUGCUCUAUCCGCGCCGAGGACGCAUUUGGGCCUGCAGCGGCGCCGGAGUGCCUCGAUGGCUUCGACUUCACGCUGCUGUUCGAGGAGUCCUUCUUCUCCAUCGGCGUGUGCAGCGCCAUGCUGCUGUCGCUGCCGGUGCAGCUGGCCCGGCUGUCCCAUCGCCAGCAGCAGCAUAAUCAUCACCAGCAGGCGCCCGCCGGCCCUCUUCUCUACUCCAAACUGACCGCGCACCUUGUCUCGACCGGCAUCAAGCUCGUCCUCGUCGCUCUCGUGCUUGUCCCCGGGCGAGCGCUGGCGACCCGCGCAACCGUUGCAGCCGUGUCGAUAGCCGCCGCAACGUCUGCCUCCGUCGCCGUCCUGUCGUACUGGCAGCAUUGCCGGUCGCCGCGGCCGUCCACGCCCGUCUCGCUCUUCCUGGGGCUCUCGCUGCUGCUCGACGCCGUGCGGGCGCGGACGCUGUGGGCGGUGCAGCCGCGGGUGUUCUGCGCCGUGUUCAUCGCCGGCAUCGUGUCCGACCUGGCCAAGUUCGUGCUUGAGCUGCUCGAGCGCGGAGACGAUGGCUCGGAUGGCCCUGAUGGCCCUGGGCGGCUCCCGGCAGAGACCGUCGCGAACGUGUACAACCGCAGUGUCUUCUGGUGGCUGAACCCGCUGCUGCUCCAGGGGUUCCGUGAGAUCUUGCAGGCCGAGAAGCUUAGCGCUAUCGAUCGGCGUCUCAGGGGCGGCGACGACGACGAGGAGGACUCAUUCCUGGGCCAGUGGGAAGCCGCAAAGGUCAAGACCCCAGCGGCGCUGGUCCGUCUGUUGGCCGCUCACCAUCUAUGGGCGGCGCUGGCUGCUGUGAUCCCCCGUCUCUGCCUGACCGGACUCACCUUCACGCAACCAUUCUUGCUGGCUCGCAUCGUGAGAUAUGUCACGGAAGAAGCAGCAGGAGACGACGAUGGACUGGCCAGCCGCUACGGCUACGGCCUCAUUGCAGCAGCCUUGCUCGUUUACAUCGGCCUGGCGGUGGCCACCACCAAUACCCAGCACAAGACAUAUCGCCUUAUUACGAUGCUACGCAGCAGCCUCGUCCCGCUGAUCUAUACCCAGACCUUGCAUCUAGACACCUCUGCAGUGCGCGAUUCCGCCGCACUCACUUUGAUGAGUGUGGACAUUGAACGUAUCAGCUCAGGGCUACGCUAUUUCCACGAAAUAUGGGCUAGCCCGAUAGAUAUCGGCCUUGCUCUCUGGCUUUUGCAGCAGCAGCUUGGAGUCGCAGCUGUUGCCCCUGCGGCGAUCUUUCUUGUAUGCACCCUUUCCGGGCUGCUUGUGGCAGCCACCAUGGGCGCCCGCCAGCGACAGUGGCUAGAGGCCAUUCAAAAUAGAGUGCAUGCCACCUCGUCAAUGCUAAAGAAUAUCAAGGAGAUUCGGCUGGGCGGGUUACAGGGCCACGCGGCAAAGAAGCUGCAGGAACUAAGAUCAAAGGAAAUAUCAGAGUCUCGCCCCUUCAAGAAAGCGCUGGUUAUGAUUGUAACACUCUCCUUCACUACGGCAGCAUGUGGACCUCUGCUGGCGUUCACCAUGUACACGCUUCUGGCGUUGAGAAAUGGUUCACAGGCAUUGGAUUAUGAAAAAGCCUAUACCUCACUGUCACUCCUAGCGCUUUUGCAGACUCCCAUGGCGCUUAUUUUAGACGCCAUUGCUGGGUUUGUUGCCGCCUUUGGAGCAAUUGAACGUAUAGGUGAAUACGUUUCGAAGCCAACUACUAACGCAAGCAAAGCAUCCAGCACUGAAAUGAUCCCUCCAUCAAUAUCAACCAGGCCCGACAUAUAUGAAGGAAAAGGAAAAGAAGUUCUUGUUCGGGCUCAAGGCUUCAGUGCCGGCUGGAAUGCCGAUUUGCCUUUUGUUGUCAAGAACUUGGAUUUUGAAAUUUUGCGUUCGACUGUUACUUUCAUCAUUGGGCCAGUCGGAUGCGGGAAGUCGACGCUGCUGCAUUCGAUUCUGGGUGAGGUGAUGCAUACUGAUGGCUCUCUCCAAAAAUCAGUUACAAGGGUCGGUUAUUGCUGCCAGGAACCUUGGAUUACCAACGACACCAUUCGAGAUAACAUUAUAGGCUCUAACCUCUUCCAGCCGACUUGGUAUGAUCAGGUGAUAGAUACUUGCGUGCUGCGAGAUGAUCUCCAAGGAUUUCCCUACGGAGACCAAUGGAUUGUCGGCAGUGGUGGUAUGGCCUUGAGCGGCGGCCAAAAGGCUCGACUGGGGAUCGCACGAGCACUAUAUUCAAGAGAAACGCUUGUACUGCUAGAUGAUGUCUUUUCCGGUUUGGAUGCAAAAACCGAGGAGUUAAUAUUCCACAAUUUAUUUGGAGAACGUGGCAUCCUGGCAACGGAAAACAUCACUAUAGUUUUAGCUACGAAUGCCGCAAUGAAUCGCCUCAACUACGCAGAUAAUGCUAUAUACCUUGAUUCUACCGGCAACCAAGUGAGCAAAGAUGAUGCCUUGGAAAAAGAAUUGUCAGAGGGAGUAACUUUGGCUGCACCAUCCGAGAAGCGAACUUCGGCCGGCCAAUCCCAUGAAAACCACAUAGGGGCUACACCCGAACUCUCUAGCGCCAGACCUCUAACUGCAUCUGCUCAAGAAAAGGAACGACGGGUUGGCGAUACGACUGUCUAUAAGUACUAUAUACAAGUAGUUCACCCUAUGAGCGCAGCUUUCUUCACUGCGGUCUGUGUGGUUUUUGUCCUCGGACUAACCUUACCACAUUUUGUCAUAAAAUGGUGGCUACAACGGGACACGGAAUAUACUAUUUCUCAUAUUGAACUAUACUUGGGAAUUUACGCUGCGCUUGCUGGAAUGGCAAUUGUUUCUCUGGCUGUUGCUGCUUGGUACGAUUCACCACUUUGGGGUUAUCGCAGUUGCUUACUUGAAAUACACAGGUAUCUGACCGAGCACAUGCUACCGAGAGCUUCGAGGCAAUUCCAUGAAGGCCUCCUGAGUACAGUCGUGGAUGCACCUCUGCAAUUCUUUCUAAGUACCGACAUGGGAACCACCAUCAAUCGGUUUGCUCAAGAUUUACAAUUGGCAGAUAUGGAACUUCCACUAGCUCUCUUUAACACGACCGUUGAACUUAUAACUUGCCUGGCCCAGCUAAUCAUUAUCGCAGUCGCGUCGAAAUACAUUGGUGUCGCUAUACCAGUUAUUCUAACUGUCUUCUAUCUGAUUCAGAAGUUUUAUCUGCGCACUGCGAGACAAUUGCGACUACUUGACAUUGAAGCUAAAGCCCCCCUAUUUUCCAAAUUCCUAGAAACUCUGUCUGGCCUUGUUACGAUCCGGGCAUUUGGUUGGCAGAAAGAUUAUGAACAUCAUAACAACCAGGCGCUUAAUGAUUCACAGAAGCCAUUUUAUCUAUUAUUCUGUGUCCAGCGCUGGCUCAACCUUGUGCUUGACCUCGUAGUCGCAGCUAUUGCUGUCAUUGUCGUAUCAAUCGCUGUGCGGACAAAGGGAAAGAUUGAUGCCGGGUCCACCGGCAUCGCUCUAGUAAACAUCGUUCAGUUCAGUACUACUAUCAAGAGCUUAAUGGCCAAUUGGACUCAGCUUGAGAUAUCCAUUGGCGCUGUCUCCCGCAUUCGCUCGUUUUCGACUGAUACCUUAUUGAGCCGACCGCGAGAGCGGUCCCCUGAAUUAAAAGAUGAGGCAACUGGGCCUACCAUAUCGCCUUCCUGGCCGGAACAUGGGACUAUUGAAUUUCGAGGGGUCACUGCCGAAUAUGAGAUCAACUCUACGCCAGUCAUCAAAAAUUUGAAUCUAUUGAUCCAUAAAGGCGAGAAAAUUGCCUUAUGUGGGAAAAGUGGAAGUGGAAAAUCUUCAAUUAUCUCCGCGCUAUUCCGUAUUUUACAUGUCUCUGAGGGGAACAUCAUCAUCGACGGUGUCGAUAUUUCAGCUAUUCCCCAGGAAAUCCUUUAUACCCGUCUUGUCUGUGUCACCCAGACACCAUAUCUCAUACAAGGAACCGUCCGUGAGAAUGUUGACCCAUCCGGGACUUCCAGUGAUGAGCAGGUAAAUCAGGUUUUGAAAGAAGUGACACUCUGGGAUACAGUCAUAGCUCGGGGAGGUAUUGAAGUUCAGCUAUCAGACGAGUUAUUCAGCGUUGGCCAAAAACAGCUACUUUGUCUUACCAGGGCAAUGCUGCGACCCGGAUCCAUUCUACUUCUCGACGAAGUCUCCUCGAGUGUUGAUCUACACACGAAUAAGCUGAUGCAAAGUAUCAUCCGGAAACACUUCGCGACACGAACUGUCAUCACAAUUGCACACCAGAUAUUUACUAUUCUCGACGCUGACCGUGUCGCAGUCAUAUCCAACGGAGAGAUAGUCGAGGAAGGCCAACCAACGGAAUUACUUGAAAAGGAUCCCCCGGGGCCCUUUCGCAUUCUUGCUGCAGCAAAUAUGAAGCUAUGA